ACACACGUGUGUUACUCAAGCUUGAAGCAUCGGCUCUACGCUAUAAAUACACCUUUACAAGCGUAACGAUGUUAUUCUCUUGUUCUUCUCUGCUCUUUUCGGCUCUGACGGCUCUCAUUCUCUGCCAAAUCGAAGAAGAAAAGAUUUUGUUUCGAAAAGUAAUGGAUUCAGACCCCCCGAAAAAAGAGGAACGCAUAAUUGACAGCGGAGAUUCCCCUAAAACUCCGCGCAGGCUGAGAGGACGGCAGCAGACUUUGGAGAGUUCCGUAGAUGUAUUUGCUGCGCAGUGUGAUAAAUGCCAGAAAUGGAGGGUUAUUAGCACACAAGAAGAGUUUGAGGAUAUCAGAAGUAAAAUAAGCAAGGAGCCAUUUUACUGCGACCGAAAACCGGGUGUUUCUUGUGAAGAUCCUGCCGACCUCAACUUUGACUCUACAAGAACAUGGGUCAUCGACAGGCCUGACCUCCCGAAGACCCCGGAAGGCUUCAAGAGAACUUUAGUGCUUAGAAAAGAUUACUCCAAAAUGGAUGUUUAUUACAUCACUCCUUUGGGGAAGAAAGUGAGAACUCCCAAUGAAAUAGCCGAGUUUCUGAAGAAAUACCCACAAUACACAAAUUUUAGUCCUGACGACUUCAGAUUCACGACCCCAAAGAUCGUGGAAGAGACAAUUCCUCCAAAUGUUCUUGUCGCCAAGAGGUGCAACUCUACUGCUAGUAGUAGCAAAAAGAAGAUAAAGAAAUUGCCGGAGCUGGAUGAGAAAGUGACUGGUACUCGGGGUGACUCCUGAGCCCAAGCUGUUGAAUGCAGAAUGAAGAACUGUAUUUAAGGGCAGGUUUUUACUUUGUUUGGAGGAUCAAUUUUGGUAUCCAAGACAGCCAUGGGGGCGGAUGACGUUUUUCCUCCUUGUAAUGUUCUUAAAAGCAUUUAUUUCUACUUUGCUUAGUUUGCUUUUCUCAGUACUAACCAGUUUGUGUCAGAUGUUUGAAUUAGCGACAUUCUAUUGGAA